AAUAUGAAAGAUAUUUCACAAGAGCAAAUCUUGAUUAAUUUGAUUUUGGUUUUGUAAGAGUAAACUGUAAAGUGUGAUCGAUUGAUAGUGAAGGAGAUUUUGAAUUAAUUUAGAGCAUUUGUCGAUUGGGAGAUUCAAUUCAUGGAGUUAGGAGUAGGUAAUUCUCCGGAAACCGGUUUGGUUUUCGACGGUGAGGAGUUGUCAUCGCCUCCGACCGUGCCGGCGAGGAUACGCCGGAGACUCACCGAUACAAAGGCUUCUGGUUCUCGUUCUAGCAUUGAAGAGAUCGAAGCUAAGCUUCGCAAUGCAGAUCUUCGUCGACAGAAAUUUUAUGAGAAUUUGUCAAGUAAAGCCCGGCCAAAGCGCAGGAGCCCUCAAUCUGCAGAUGAUCAUAACCUUUCUCAAUCUAUAGAGGCCAAGCUCCAAGCUGCUGAACAGAAAAGAAUGCAGAUCCUCAAAACCCAAAGUCAACGAAACAAGACAUCUCAGUCGCUAUUAAGAAGAUGCUGGAGAAAAUUCCUUAAGCAGAAGACUACCUUAGAUUUGGCCAAAACCUUUCACAUUCUGAAUAUAAACACAAGUCAUGUGAUCUCAAUGCCAUUUGAGCAAUUUGCAAAUUUGAUUGAAAAUCCCUCUACCCUUCACACCACAAAAUCUUUACUUGAUCGCUUAGAGACCCGUUACAGAGUUUUAUUACCCGAUUUACAUGGUCAAGAUGAAAUCAAUCACCUUCUUACACGAGUUGUUUCAAGAACCACAAAACCAUCUGUUAGAUUAUCAAGGUAUCAACCAAGAAUCGUGUUAAGUGCAUACAUGAUUUUAGGUCAUCCAGAUGCAAUUUUUAGAGGUGAAGGGGAUCGCGAGACCACUUUGACCUUCUCUGCUAACAAGUUUGUCCAAGAAUUUGAGUUGUUGAUUGAGAUAAUACUGAAUGGACCUUCACAGACAUCCGGUCAAUAUUUGAACCAUGGACUGGUCAAACUUCCCACAUUCCGGUCUCAGAUUCUAGCUUUUGAUGCAGCAUGGUGUUCUUUUUUGAAUAGCUUUGUUGUAUGGAAGGUUAAGGAUGUAGAGUCUUUAAUGGAGGAUUUGGUAAAGGCUGCAUGCCAGAUGGAAAUCUCUAUGAUGAAAAAAUACAAGGUCAUACCUGAAGGAGAUGAUAGUGCUCUUACAGAUGAUGUGAAAGUUUUUCAGAAACAGAUGCAGGUUACAGAACAUCAAAAAAUGUUGAGGGAACAAAUAUUCCACCUGAGUGGAGAAGCUGGAAUAAACCGUUUGGAGAAUGCUCUUUCCAACACAAGAAAAAAGUACUUUCAAUCAAAGGAGAAGACUUCCCCUAUUCAGUCAACACUUCAAGACCUUGAUUCCAGUGUUCCUAGCAGUUCAGAUCUUGUAAACCAAAAUGAUGAGAUUCCAAUUCCACGUAUGGAGAAUGUAUUCAUUGUGAAUGAAUUUCUUCAUGGUCAGCAUUAUGAUAGUUUGACUAUGACUGAUGAAAACCUAAAGGUGCGCAAGACAAUGGAAAAAGCUUUCUGGGAUGGAAUCUCGGAUUCUAUAAAACAGGAAAAGUACGAUCAUGUUGUUAUGUUAAUGAAGGAAGUGAGAGAUGAGCUUUGUGAGAUGUCAUCUCAAAGCCAAAAACAAGAGAUUCAUGAAGCUAUUGAUCUUGAUAUUCUUUCUCAGUUGUUGAGCUCGCGUAGUUUGGACAUGGAAUAUCUUGGGAGAAUCAUGGAGUUUUCAUUAGUCAGUUUACAGAAGCUUUCAGCCAUAGCACAUGAAAACAAACUUAAAGAAUCUCAUCAAAAAGUUCUCUCAGAACUUGCUGAAUUAUGCCAGGCUGGCGAUGGUUCAAAUCAUUCACACGCAAUCGCAUUGAUAAAAGGUUUGCGGUUUGUACUCGAGGAGAUACAGGUGCUGAAGCAAGAAAUUAGCAAGGCGCGAAUUAAGAUGAUGGAACCGUUACUGAAGGGACCCACUGGCAUGGAAUAUUUAAAAAAAGCAUUUGAAAAGGUCUAUGGUCCACCAUCUGAUGCCUUGAUUCGUCUUCCACUGACUAUGGAAUGGCUUUCAUCUGUGGUUCCUUGCAAAGAUGAGGAAUGGAACGAACACAAGAGGGUGUUAUUAGAGUUGCAAGAUGAAAGGACGGUUCUGCCCUCCACCGGUCUCAGGACUGGUGGAAGCUUCUCUAGUACAUUGCAUAUUUCAUCCAAAACUAUGUCAUUGUCUCCCACGGAUAAUCAGUAUACAGAAUGCAAAGGAGAAAAAGGUGAUUUGCUAGUGAGGUUAGGUCUUGUUAAGCUGGUGAAUAAUGUCAAUGGUGUGAUGAAGGAGGAGUUACCCGAAACCCUAAAACUCAAUUUUCUGAGACUCAGAGCUGUUCAGACCCAACUUCAGAAGAUAACCGUAAUUGCUACCAGCAUCUUGGUUCUAAGACAAACACUUGUAAUGGAUGAAAUGAUAUCAAAUCCCGAGGAUAUGGAACGUACGAUGCUCAAAUGCUCCAUGCAGCUUUCCGAGACACUUGACACGAUCAUAGAUGCUGGUUUGGAGGAGCUUGUUGAAGUUUUGAGUAAGAUAGCAGAGGAUUUAGAUAAAUCCGAUGACGUGGCAAAAAAUGAGUCGAGAAGGGUUGUGAUGGCAAGAAUGUUGAGAAAAAGCGUACAAGCUGGGGACCCGGUUUUUGUUAAGGUGUCGCGAGCUGUUUAUUUGGCGACAAGAGGAGUGGUGCUUGUCGGCAGUGGGAAUGGGAGAGAGGUGGCGGAAAAGGUGCUCCGGCAAGUUGGUGCCGCCGGUUUGGCUGAGAAGGUGGUGGAAGCCGGGGAGGUGUUGGGAGUUAUGAGUGGGGUUAGUGGGAAUGUGCAUGGACCAUGGUAUGCUGGGUUGAUUGAGAUGAAACCCGUUGGUGGGGACACAGACGUCCGGCUACCUGUGUGUAUUUUGAGGUCAUUUGUGUAA